CUAUUCAAGCUUUCUUCUUCCUCUAGUUCUUUUAGCUUUGAAAAAUAUAUCUUCAAAGAGUGAGAUCAAGGUUUCGUCGAUGAUCAUGGAGACUUUCAUGCUACUGAAAUGGCUUGUUAACUCAAUCGGCACAAUGAAUUUUGGGUACAAUAAUUCAUCGUCAUCCAAGGUUGAUAAGGCUCGGGAGAUGAGUUUCUACCCAAUGCAUGAUGAUGAAGAGAAGAAAUUCAACAAGGUCACAGGUGCAUCAUCAGGUUUUCAAAUGCCACUUCACUAUCCUCGCUACAACAAGUCAGAUUAUGAGAAGAUGGAGGAAUGGAAGGUUGAUAUGCUUCUCAGAGAAUAUGGUCUUGAAAGUUUUAAAGGUACCCUUGAUGAGAAAAGGGAAUUUGCUAUGGGGACUUUCUUGUGGCCUGAUCAGUUCUAAUUAUAUAUGCACCACCAACUUAGAUUGUACAUUUGAGGAAAUAAAAAAAAUAAGGAAAAUGAUAUUUAAGACUCAAAA